UGUUUUUCUUCUGCAUUUCUUUUAUUUUCCAAUUUAGGGUUUCUACUUUAACAAGCCUGAAUCCAAAUGGCCACUCCCCUCCUCCUCCAAUCAGCUACACUCUUCUUCACACUCAUCUUCCUCCUCCCAUCCGCCUCCGCCACGUCGUCACCCUCCCCCUCCAUCCAGCUCCGAACCGCCGCUCUCUCCGUCACCGACUUCGGCGCCACCGGGGACGGCGUCACCUACGACACCGCCGCCAUCCAGUCCGCCAUCGACAGCUGCUCCACCGCGCCCUGCCGCGUCCGUUUCCCGUGCGGAGGGACCUAUCUGACGGCGACGAUCCGCCUCAAAUCCGGCGUCGUUUUGGACAUCGAGGAAGGCGCGACGCUGCUCGGCGGGACGAGGAUGGAGGACUACCCGGCGGAGCAGGAGCGGUGGUACGUGGUGGUGGCGGAGAACGCGAGGGAUGUGGGGAUCAGCGGCGGGGGAGUGGUGGAUGGUCAGGGGUUGGAGUUUGUGAAGAGAUUUGAUGAGAGGAAGAAUGUGAUGGUGAGCUGGAACUGGACCGGGGCUUGUGUGGGAGACGAGUGCCGACCCAGACUCGUCGGCUUCAUUGACUCCACUAAUGUCAAGCUUGACAACAUUCAGUUGCGUCAGCCGGCUUACUGGUGCUUGCACAUUGUACGUUGUGAACAUGUUACCAUUCAAGAUGUUUCAAUUUAUGGAGAUUUCAAUACACCAAAUAAUGAUGGAAUAGAUAUUGAUGAUUCAAAUAAUACAGUCAUUACUAGAUGCCAUAUCGAUACAGGAGAUGAUGCUAUCUGUCCAAAGACAUAUACUGGUCCUCUAUAUAAUUUAACUGUAACAAAUUGUUGGAUUCGGACAAAGUCUUCGGCUAUCAAAUUUGGUAGUGCCAGUUGGUUUGAUUUUAAAGGUCUGGUGUUCGACAAUAUCACUAUUUCAGAUUCUCAUAGAGGGCUGGGAUUCCAGAUACGUGAUGGAGGAAAUGUGAGUGAUGUUAUCUUUUCAAACAUUAAUAUCAGCACAAGAUACUAUGAUCAAUCCUGGUGGGGAAGAGCAGAGCCUAUUUAUGUGACUACUUGUCCACGAGACUCUCAUUCAAAGGAGGGUUCGAUCUCUAACAUACUCUUUGUGAACAUCACUGCAAAUUCAGAGAAUGGUGCAUUCUUAUCAGGCUCUAAGCACGGGCUUCUUAGUGAUUUGAAAUUCAUCAACGUGAAUCUGACUUACAGAAGAUGGACCAACAAUGUGGGUGGGUUGGUGGACUACAGACCAGGAUGCCAAGGGCUGGUAAAGCACAGUACAGCUGGUUUCAUCUUAGAACACAUCAAUGGCUUAGUGUUUGACAAUGUUAACAUGAGAUGGUCCGAUGAGCAAUUACAACAGUGGAAUAAUCCUAUGGAUUUCAGAUCUGCUACUGUAAAUAACAUUUCUCUGCUCAAUUUCCAUUCAAGCCUAUACACACAAAGACUACCGUUCUUAGUUUGCAACCGUAACAAUGUAAUCUAUACCCCAUUUUCCCGCCACCUAUCCCUUCCAUACUUCCCGCCAAACCCACCGGAUUUAACAUCUCUGUGCCUUAACGGUCAACUGAGAGAAGCCCUGGUCGAAAUGACCCUACAAGGCCUUGCCAUGAAGUUUCAAGGUUACUACACCCUCUUAAACGAGUGCAUAACCAGAAAGGCGUACAGAGAAGGUCAAAGAGUCCAUGCCCAUAUGAUCAAGACUAAUUAUCAUCCACCGAUGCACCUCCGAACCCGGCUCAUUGUUUUCUAUAACACCUGUGAUUGUUUGGGUGACGCACGCCGAGUGCUCGAUGAAAUGCCUCUGAGAAAUGUGGUGUCGUGGACGGCCAUGAUUUCGGCUUAUUCUAAGAGAGGGUAUGCCGCCGAAGCUACUGAUCUUUUUCUGCAGAUGCUAAGAUCAGAUGAGGAACCUAAUGAGUUCACGUUCGCGACAGUGCUUACAUCAUGUAUUGGUUCUUGGGGGUAUGACUUGGGCAGACGAAUCCAUUCUCUUAUAAUAAAAACAAAACAUGAAUCGCAUAUAUUUGUCGGCAGCUCCCUUCUUGACAUGUAUGCCAAAGCUGGUAGAAUGGUGGAAGCUAGACGAGUUUUUGACAGCUUGCCUGAAAGGGAUGUUGUUUCUUGUACGGCUAUAAUAUCUGGUUAUGCCCAGCAGGGUCUUGAUGAAGAGGCUUUGGAGCUGUUCCGGCAGUUGCAGAGGGAAGGAAUGACUGCCAAUUAUGUCACUUAUGCCAGUGUUUUCACAGCACUGUCAGGGCUUGCUGCUUUGGACCUUGGCAGGCAAGUUCACAACCAUGUGCUUCGCUGUGAAGUGCCUUCGUAUGUGGUUCUUCAGAACUCUCUGAUUGAUAUGUACUCAAAAUGUGGAAAGUUGAGUUACUCAAGACGAGUUUUUGAUACCAUGCCUGAGAGGACUGUUAUCUCAUGGAAUGCAAUGCUGGUAGGAUAUAGUAAACACGGAAUGGGAAAUGAGGUGGUUAAGCUUUUUGAGCUCAUGAAAGAAGAAGAUAAAAUCAGACCAGACAGUGUCACUUUUUUGGCAGUUCUAUCUGGUUGCAGUCAUGGUGGAAUGGAAGAUAGAGGGCUGGAAUUCUUUUAUAAUAUGAGGAAAGGGAAAAAUGGAAUUGAGCCAGAACCUGAGCACUAUGGAUGUGUUGUUGAUCUGCUUGGACGUUCUGGUCGAGUUGAAGAAGCAUAUGAGUUUGUUAAAAAUAUGCCUUCUGAACCAACUGCUGCAAUCUGGGGUUCCCUUUUAGGGGCCUGUAGAGUUCACUCGAAUGUUAGGAUUGGUGAAUUUGUGGGUUUUCGGCUUCUAGAAAUUGAGCCUGAAAAUGCUGGGAAUUAUGUUAUUCUUUCUAAUUUAUUUGCUUCUGCAGGGAGAUGGGAAGAUGUAAGAACUGUGAGGGAGUUAAUGACAGAUAAGGCUGUGAUAAAGGAGCCUGGAAGAAGUUGGAUUGAGCUUGACCAAGUCCUUCAUACUUUUCAUGCGAGUGAUCGCUCCCAUCCUAGAAGGGAAGAGGUAUCUGCAAAGGUGAGAGAGAUAUCAGCAAAGAUAAAGGAAGUUGGUUACUCUCCUGAGUUGGGUUGUGUUUUAUAUGAUGUGGAUGACGAGCAGAAGGAGAAGAUACUUUUAGGCCACAGCGAAAAGAUGGCUUUGGCUUUUGGGAUUAUUGCUACCCCUGAAGGUGCACCAGUCCGUGUGAUAAAAAACCUUCGCAUUUGUGUGGAUUGCCAUAACUUUGCUAAAUUAGUCUCAAAGAUAUAUGGUAGAGAAGUCUCUUUGAGAGAUAAAAGCCGGUUUCAUCACAUGGUUGGAGGGAUUUGUUCUUGCGGAGACUACUGGUGAGUUUUGAAGAUUCAUGCUGAGAUUGAAAGUCAGAAGCAAAUAUGACCAUACAGCAAUGAUGACAGUGAAAGCAUUGUGUCGGGACUUCUGAGGUGAACAAGAAAAGCAUUGGAGCGAGCUUGUUAUGCACCUUGACCAAUUGUGAUAUCAUCUGAAGUACAAGGUUUUUUUUCUAUGUUCUUCGAAUCCUUUCAAGAUUAUUCUUGAUGGUGUCAUUGGAGAAGAUUAUUUUUCUCAAGACUAAAGCAAAGGCAAACAACAUGCAGUUGCAUCUCACCACUUCAUGCCUAAACAUGGAUUUUGUCAAAAUUUGAAGAUGUCCUUUUAUUGGAUGCCGAUUCAGAAACUUCCCCUUGAUAUGAUAGAACAUGUAACGCCAGUGUCGAUGGAAAGUGCUGUGAAGUUUGAAGUAAAUGCCUCAAUUGCAUUGUGAAUAUGGACAUGCUGCAGCUUGCUUGGUGUUCCAUCUGGAGAAAUAACUGUUUCAACUACUUGAAUAGGUGGAGCAUGAUGCAACCUUACAGGAUAUUCACAGAAGUAAACUGAAAUAGCUCAAUCGAUACAGAGAAGUAGGUAGCUUCAUACUCUCCAAAUUUUGGUUCCAUACACCUAUAUAA